CCGGCAGCCGCGCACAAUGCGCACCAACCAGGUCAUCAAAUACACCCUCUUCGCCUCCUGCUAUCUCUUCUGGGUAGCCAGCGGGCUGAUGGUGGCCGUGGGGACCUAUGCCCGGCUCUCCAAGGAAGCUGGCGCCGUGGACUCCCUGCUGGCCGACCCCUCCCUGAUCCUGCUGGUCGUGGGCAUCUUGAUGUUCAGCAUCACCUUCGUGGGCUGCCUGGGUGCCUUGCGGGACCUCACGCAGAUGCUGAAAGCGUUCGCCUGGAUCCUGCUCAUCCUCUUCAUCCUGCAAGUCGUGGCUGCCGUUCUGGGCUUCCUCUUCUCUGGCAUGGUGAUGGAGAAAGCCACGUUUCUGAUGGGCCGGGCCAUCUCCCGCUACCGUGAGAACCUUGAUUUGCAGAACCUCAUCGACUACAUCCAGAAGAAGUUUGAGUGCUGCGGGGUCCACUCCUACAGAGACUGGUCCCAGAAUGCUUACUUCGACUGCCAAGACUCCAACCCCAGCCUGGAGCGGUGCGCGGUGCCCUACUCCUGUUGCUUGCAGGGCGGAGAGGCUGUUCUGAACACCAUGUGUGGCUACGAGGCCCAGAGCCUGAAAGCCUGGCGGGCGGAGAGCCUGGUGCACACGGAGGGAUGCCUGGCGAAGAUCUCCAACUGGGCACGCAGCAACCUGCUGGUGGUGGCUGGAGUGGCCUUCGGGCUGCUGCUCCUGGAGCUGGCCGCCUUCUCCUUGGCCGUGAUGCUGAUCUUCCAGAUCAAUUUCAUCAUCCAGAAGCGCCAGAGCACCAGGCGGCGGAGGAGGAGCUGCCCGGAGAAAGACCCGUCCUUGGGUCAGGGUCCGUUCAGAGCCCCUCCAACCGCUCAGCUUCCGUCGUGGGAGGAAGCCUCUCGCGCAGCGCUCCCAGGGGCGCAGCUCCUGAUGAAGUGCCGAGGGGUGCCCGGGGGACUCUCCCGCUCACACACGCCGCCGGUAGCCAUGGCGAUCGACACCCAGCCCCAGGGGCUGCUGCCUCCGAGGGCCCACCUGGCACCCGGGUGA